AUGAAUGGGAGAAAAGAGCAGAACAUGUUCAUCCGGGGGAUGGAAACACACAUGGAGGAGCAAGUAAUGAAGGCGAUCAAGAAGGUCCAAGUUGGCAGUUUCGGAGCUAUUGAGAUGAUUCUCGAUCAGAUCCGUAGAAAACUGGCGACGAACAUGUGUGAUGACGUCAUGGAAGUUGGAUGGAGCUUCUUAUGGAAUAUCACAGACGAAACUCCGGUGAACUGUGAACGGUUCCUGAAAGCCGACGGUCUGCUGCUUUUCCAUAAAUGUUUCGAUGCGUUCCGAAAUGAG